CAACAAUUAAAGUCUAACAUUGAUUCCCAGCUCCUGGGCCUCUCUCAAUGCGUCUCCUUUUGUGCACCUCUCCUUUCAGACUCUUUCCAUCCGCUCACUUUCAAUGGCAAUUCAGAUCAUCAGCCGCCGCAUUACGGCGGAAUAUUUCCUUCACAGGUGACCAGUUCGCGCAGCUCGCCAGCCGACCAUCCUCUAAACACCAGAUCUACCAAUCGCUGUCCACAGACCCCUACGUUAACCUCUCUAUUGAACACUUCCUUCUUCAACAUGCACCCGCAGACUCCAGCAUUCUGUUUCUAUACAUCAAUCGCCCCUGCGUCGUAAUCGGCCGCAAUCAGAACCCAUGGCUUGAAACCAAUCUCCGCGUUCUGCACAACGACCGAACUGAACUUCCUCAAGACAAUGCCAAUCCCACAGCGCCCCUCUACGUCCGUCGCCGCUCCGGCGGAGGCGCUGUCUUUCACGAUGAAGGCAAUCUCAACUACAGCGUCAUCUCCCCGCGCGCGACGUUCACCCGCAACAAGCACGCUGAGAUGCUGGUACGGGCCCUCCACCACAUCGGCGCAACCACCACCAGCGUCAACGACCGCCACGACAUCGUGAUGAAAUUAGACAAUGCCGGAGAAGGAACGGAAGAAUCGGAUUCGCAGCCGCGCAAGAUCUCCGGCUCGGCUUUUAAGCUCACCAGGGAACGCGCGCUCCACCACGGGACCUGUCUCCUUGAUUCACCCAACAUCGACAGGCUGGGCUCGUUCCUGCGCUCGCCGGCGAGGGAGUACAUGAUGUCGAAAGGGGUGGAUAGUGUGCGGUCUCCCGUGGCGAAUGUGUCGUCUGCGUUCAGGAAUGCGCCGGUCUCGUUCGAGAUCCAGGAUGUCAUUGCGAGCGUCAUGGGCGAGUUUGCGGGGCUGUACGGGACGUGCGCGGAUGCUGUGCGGCGGGCGCAGAGGGCGCAUGUUGUGGAUGAGUCCGAGUUGUAUGCUGGGGAGGAUUGGGUUGUUGGGGCUGUGGGGGAAGAGCAAGGGUUUGGAGAGGCGGAGAUCAGGAAGGGGAUAGAAGAGAUGAGGUCACUUGAGUGGAAAUACAGCCAAACGCCCCGGUUCAUCUUCUCGACAGACCCGAUAGAAGGGGAGGAUCCGCGGGAACGGCCCCCCCUACCGGCUUCUUUGCCGCCGUCUACUCGCGCUUUCCUCCGUCUCAAACAUGGCGCUAUCGUCGAAAGCCACAUCUCCACAUCCUCGGACACCUCUAUAGCCUCAGAGCAAGCAACCCGCGUACACGAGGCGCUGAAAAAUCGCAAGCUUCACGAAAUUCAACCGGAUCAGUGGAUGCAGAUCCUCUCAACUCAUCUAGGCACUGAGGAAGAGCUCAGUACUACCGAGGCGCUCUCGAGGUUCAUCACGGAGAAACUCGGGUGGGCCUAGAUGCCGAUCUCUAGAGUUGUUUGAGUACCUGGUACAAUGAUGCAUACUAGAUUUCCUGUAAAAUAUAAUGUAUAUUAGCG